AUGUAUCAAAGUGAUCCAGUCGAACAACAGUUGCGUCCUGAUCAACUUGACGAAAUUAGACAGUCGUUUGCGGAGUUUGACAUUAAUAGAAAUGGUUACAUUACACCACAAGAAAUGAAAGAGUCUUUGAGACGAGCCGGAAUACAGUUUGAAGAUGGUGAAGUUGAUCGUGUAAUUUCAAAUAUGGAUUUAAAUAAAGACGGAUUAGUAUCGUACAAUGAAUAUUUGAAAUUCAUGGCACGUGUAUAUACCGGCCAACACGAAUCAAUUCAAUUUUCGCAAGGCGGUUAUGGAGGACAGCAACCACCCUAUAAUCAGGGUCAAGGCGGUAAUUAUCCACCAUCAGGAGGUCAACAACAAGGAAAUUACUAUAAUAACCAACCGGGUCCUAAUCAACAACCUCCGUAUCGUCCUUCAAUGGGAUCCAGCGGUCGUUAA